GCGGGGAUCCAUCGAUUGUGGAGUGGGAAGGAAACACGUACCGGCACCUCCUCAUGAUGGCUCUCUGCACGGAUGGCUCAUAUUACGUGAACAGGUCUUUUGCGUCUUGGAAGUAUUGGUCUGACAGUGCGCCAAUUUCCCGCGUGUGGGGCAACUCACGUGAUCGAAAAAGGGAGGGCGUGCGAAGUGGAUUCAUCACUGCAACCAUCGAUGGAAAGAAGGUGAUGCUGCUCACCACGCCGGUGUAUUCUGAGGAGAAGGGAGAGGGUCGGCUGCAUCUUUGGAUGACAGACAAUGCCCGUGUGCACGACGUUGGGCCGGUGUCUCGCGAAGGUGAUGACGCCGCCGCCAGCUCCCUGCUGUACAGAAGCGGCAAGAAGGAGUUGAUUUUACUGUACGAGAAGAAGAGCGGAGAUUCAUACAGUCUUGUGGCCGUGAGCCUGACUGAGCAGCUGGAGCAGAUAAAGAGCGUGGUGAAGGCCUGGAAUGAUGUGGACACCGCACUAAAAAACUGUGCCUCCACUGACACUGUUGACUCGCGGAUAAAGAAUGUUUGUAAAGCUGCUGUUCCCACGGAAGGGCUGGCUGGCUUUUGGUCCAACAGUUUAGAGGGUAAUUUAUGGAAGGACGAGUACCUCGGAGUGAACACAAUGGUGCGUGGUGGGAAUGUGGCAGGCACGGAGGGGGGCGUGAGGUUCCGAGGCGCAGCAGCGCGGGCGAAGUGGCCGGUGGGCAACAAGGGGCAGUUCCACCCGUACUACUUUGUGAACAAUGACUUCACUCUUGUGGCGACGGUGAUGAUUAACGCGGUGCCGAAGACAGAGGGUCGUGUUCCUUUGAUGGGUGUGAGGAUGAAUGACAAUGUCAGCACUGUGCUUGUUGGUCUGUUCUACACGAAGGACAAGAAGUGGGGAGUGACUGUCAACGGAAACUCUCGGGGGUUGCCAGAUAAAGAUGUUACGUGGCAGCCUGGCACAACGUAUCAAGUGGUACUGAAAAGGGAUUGGAAUGAGUUUUAUGUGUACGUUGACAAUAAUGAGCUUAUUCAGGAGCAAGUUUCGCCCUUUGAGUACACCCCACGCGGUGUCUCGGACUUCUACGUUGGCGGCGACGGUGCGAAGGGGACAGGCGAGGUUGACGUGACGGUGGGCAGUGUCCUGCUGUACAACUACGGACUUUAUGCUGAUAGGCUCACGAGCCUCAGUGCCAGCAAAGUCUCACUUCCAACACCGGCUGGUAAGGGGCCACUCACAACGCUGGGGACUGAUGGGAAGAUUGCCUCCAAGCUCAAACCUAGAAAAAAGAAGGUUGGUGACGGUUUGAAGCCUAAAGGACCUCUACCAGAGGAGGCCCAUAAAGGCAAUCACAGUGCUGCUGAGGAGUCGGGGUCUUCGUCGGUUUCGUCAUCGCCAAGGGUGCGCCUGGCUGACGGUGGGCCCGAAUACACCAGCGCGAUUCUUGCGAAGGACGCAUCCAACAUUUCUCUUUCUGGUGACAGCUCCGUUGCUUUCGACAACCUUACACGUGUGAGGCCCGAUUCAGGAAGGGGUGACGGCACGAUGCGUGGGUGUGUGUCUCGGCUCUUUCUGCUGCUAUUGGGGCUAUGGGGCUUUGCAGCCCUGUGCUGA